UUUAAUUUUGAAAAUUAAACUGUUAAUUAGCAGGGAUAUAAGAUGCUUAUUAAAACUUAUAUGUUUUUUUUAUUGGUUAUCGGAGUACGCUUGGGAGAGACAGAUUUGUAUUCAAGAGAUACACUUUUUAGCCCAUUUAGUUGCCUAAUUAGGAGGCAUUAUAAAGUUUUUAUCAGGGAACAAAUACCAAAAGUUAAAAGCGAAGAACACCCUGAAUUAAGUAACAAAUUAAAAUAUCCCAAAUUUACAAUUAAGUCACAAGGCGAUGGUUAUGAAGAAAGGUGUUACGAUGAGUCAACAUGGGUGGCAACUUCAAUCCAAGCACCAUACAGACAAAACACAUUUAUAAAAGGAUUUCACACUGAAGACAAUUAUAACGAUGUUUCAUGUAAACUUCGACCACAUAUUGAAAAGAUAGCAAAAAAUACAUCUUUUAUGCCCAAUUUUGUUGUACUUAAUAAAUGUUCUGGUUAUACUGAGAAAAAUAGCCAAAAUCCAAUGUUAUGGAAAUGCCUUUUUAGUACACAGCAAAUAAUUACAUUGACGGUGACGUCUGUACAUGACCAUACUAACACUGAAGUUGUUACUCUGUAUAAUCACACUGAAUGUGACAUGUAUUGUGUGUGUCAUUCUGGAAAUCAUUGUAUGAACUAUAAAACGAAAGAAGUUCAAUGUGAUAAUGGCGACAGGUGGAACAACAAAACAUGUGACUGCGAGCCGGAUAUACCUAUGUGCGAGCAUCCUUUGAAUCAUGGAGAUAUCAAAAGCAGAAACAUUGGAAAUAAAAAUGGCCUUCUUCCAAAGAUGGUUCCAACGACAGUUUUACUUAUCGCGCUUGCUGUCGAACUCUUUAUAGUUUUUAUCGUUACUCUAAUAUUUCAAAAAGCAUUUUUCAAGUUGCUAAAACAUAUAAAAACUUGUCGUCAUAAAAGCAAAUCUAACCAAUAUAAUUUAUCAUCAAAAAAAGCUAGCAAUGGGGAUGAAGAAACUGAUGUCUUGAACGGUCAAAUUUAGUUUCUUAAACAGCAUUUUUUUAAACUGUAUAGUUCAUUCACAUUUGAUAUAGUUAUAUUUUAGGAAGUGUACCCAUAGCCAAAAUAACUCAUUUUAAGAAACUAAUGUUACUGUCAGCAAUCAAAAUCGUUUAUUGAGUAACCCGAACGGUAAUACGAAGACUAAUUUAGUAUUUCUAUACGUCCAUUAGAACUCCCUACGACAUUCUAUUGACGUCUCACGUCUGUAAUAUUUCUAAUAGACGUAAUAUGGUUACUUUGCAAAGUUUCUUUUAAAACCAUAUUACAAAAAAAAAAAAAUAUAUAUAUAUAAAAUAUAGUUGAAACUAAUUUGAA